GGGGCGCAAGGCGGCAGCAGCGGUGGCGACCAGACGGGUGCUGGAGUUGGCGGCGGCCAUGGAGGGCCUGGCUGGCUAUGUGUACAAGGCUGCCAGCGAGGGCAAGGUGCUGACUCUGGCUGCGCUGCUUCUCAACCGGUCUGAGAGCGACAUCCGCUACCUGCUCGGCUAUGUCAGCCAGCAGGGAGGGCAGCGCUCCACGCCCCUCAUCAUCGCAGCCCGCAACGGGCACGCCAAGGUGGUGCGCUUGCUGCUAGAGCACUACCGGGUGCAGACUCAGCAGACUGGCACCGUCCGUUUCGACGGGUAUGUCAUUGACGGUGCCACUGCUCUUUGGUGUGCAGCAGGAGCAGGUCAUUUUGAAGUGGUUAAGCUUCUCGUCAGUCAUGGAGCCAACGUGAACCACACCACAGUCACUAACUCGACCCCGCUGCGGGCAGCAUGCUUCGAUGGCAGAUUGGACAUUGUGAAAUACUUGGUUGAAAAUAACGCCAACAUCAGCAUUGCCAACAAGUAUGACAACACCUGCCUAAUGAUUGCAGCAUAUAAGGGCCACACUGACGUGGUCAGAUACCUUUUAGAGCAACGUGCCGAUCCCAACGCUAAAGCACAUUGUGGAGCCACAGCAUUGCACUUUGCAGCUGAAGCCGGGCACAUAGAUAUCGUGAAAGAGCUGAUAAAAUGGCGCGCCGCCAUAGUAGUGAACGGCCACGGGAUGACACCGUUAAAAGUAGCUGCUGAAAGCUGCAAAGCUGAUGUUGUCGAGCUGCUGCUCUCUCACGCUGAUUGUGACCGAAGAAGUCGGAUUGAAGCUUUGGAGCUCUUGGGUGCCUCUUUUGCAAAUGACCGUGAGAACUAUGACAUCGUGAAGACUUACCACUAUUUAUACUUAGCCAUGUUGGAGAGGUUUCAGGAUGGUGAUAACAUUCUUGAGAAAGAGGUUCUCCCACCAAUCCACGCUUAUGGGAAUAGGACUGAGUGUAGAAAUCCUCAGGAACUGGAAUCCAUUCGGCAAGACAGAGAUGCUCUUCACAUGGAAGGCCUUAUAGUUCGGGAACGGAUUUUAGGUGCCGACAACAUUGAUGUUUCCCAUCCCAUCAUUUACCGGGGAGCUGUGUAUGCGGAUAACAUGGAGUUUGAACAGUGUAUCAAGUUGUGGCUUCAUGCCCUGCACCUCAGACAGAAAGGUAACAGGAAUACCCAUAAGGAUCUUCUUCGAUUUGCCCAAGUUUUUUCACAGAUGAUACAUUUGAAUGAAACUGUGAAGGCCCCAGAUAUAGAAUGUGUUUUGAGAUGCAGUGUUUUGGAAAUAGAACAAAGUAUGAACAGAGUAAAAAAUAUUCCAGAUGCUGACGUCCACAAUGCUAUGGACAAUUAUGAAUGUAAUCUCUACACCUUUCUGUAUUUAGUGUGCAUCUCCACCAAAACACAGUGCAGCGAGGAAGACCAGUGCAAAAUUAACAAGCAGAUCUACAACCUAAUCCACCUUGAUCCUAGAACUCGGGAGGGUUUCACCUUGCUGCACCUUGCUGUCAACUCCAAUACCCCAGUCGAUGAUUUCCACACCAACGACGUCUGCAGCUUUCCCAACGCGCUUGUCACGAAGCUCCUGCUGGACUGUGGUGCGGAGGUGAAUGCUGUGGACAAUGAAGGCAACAGCGCCCUUCACAUUAUCGUUCAGUACAACAGGCCCAUCAGCGAUUUUUUGACCUUGCACUCUAUCAUCAUUAGCCUAGUGGAAGCUGGCGCUCACACCGACAUGACAAAUAAACAGAAUAAGACUCCGCUAGACAAAAGUACAACUGGGGUCUCAGAAAUACUACUUAAAACUCAAAUGAAGAUGAGUCUCAAGUGCCUGGCUGCCCGGGCAGUUCGGGCUAAUGACAUUAACUAUCAAGACCAGAUCCCCAGAACUCUUGAAGAGUUUGUUGGAUUUCAUUAAGUGACUGGAUAUGUAAAAUCGUUUAAUGUGGUGCUAAAAAGUAAAGGACUUUAAUCACAGACAACAGAAUUACGUGUUCAUAAAUUCUGCUUUUCUUUCCACCACCCUCCCUCCCUCCCUGUCCUUCCUUAGUUCUGUAUUUGGCCUUCUUGCCUCAUAUGGUGAUUGAUGUCAAAUACACUUUAAACAAAGCCACAUUGUUUAGGUGUAACUAUAAUCUAAGGUGUUUGGAUAUUGGUCACUUACCUAUUUUCCCUUCUUUCUUUUUUUAAGGAGCAUAACAUUUUAUGUGGCAAGGGACAUUUGUGAUUGGAAAUUGAUAAUGUUUAACAAAAAACAGACUACAAAGGUAUUUCUGUUGGUCCCGUGUCAGCCUGUUAUCCUUGCAGCAGUUCUGUGGAUUCCAUGAAGAAAAACAACUAAAAGGAACAUUAGAAGUAAUGGAAUUUCCAAAUGUUCUGCACAUGCCAAACUGCUAUAGGUAGUUUUCACUCUUCCAUUAUUUAUGUGAAGUGAUAUAACACAUUAUACCAUCAGGAGGAUUUUAAAAAAUAUAGCUGCAGAUUAAUCUGAAAAAUGUGCUAAUAAUAGUUACUAAUUUAUAAAGUUAAAUCCAUUGAAAUUGUUGAAUUAUGCUGGGUGGUACACACAAAGUUUAGUAAUUUUAAAGCAACUUUUCAGAGAAUAUUGAUGGACUGUUUGCCUUUAGGCUUGGAUUCUAAAAUUUGUCUCUGUAUUAAUGUAAUCUAAAUUGCAGCAGUCUGCAUCUAACUCAACUCAUAGACAUGUAAACAGAAUGAAUGCUGUGUUUUCUGAUGAAACAAGUUGUCGUAAUAUAGUUACAUGUUUUAUUUCUUGUCCCCUUGUCCCUUUCCUCCUGUGUGGUAUCUUUUAAAAUUGGAAACUACUUUUCCAAGGGCAUUAUUUGUGCCUCCCUAAGAAGGUGUUUAUGACAGGUGAGAAGGAGCCAGGAUAUUUUUAAUUUUUUCCCUUUAUUUAGUCUGUGAUAAGAAGUAGAAAAAUCAAUAGUGUGGUAUAAGGAAUACAAUGUUUUUGAUGAUGAAAAUAAUUCACAAUGCCAUUUUGAAAGAUAUUUCUGUCUGAGAGCAGCAGAUUUUGAACCACAAUGUCGCUUACUCUGACAGGCUGUACAGAAGUUUUGUUUCUUUGUUUUAUUUUCAUGGCAACAUUUUUACUGUCAGACUAAGGUAAUAUUCUGUGAUUAUCCUUUAAGCAUCACAGAAAUUCAAAAAGGGUACACACUUAACUUCUAUUGAUGUUAAAAGUGAUAAAGAAAGUAAAAUUAGGUAUAUCUGUAUUUUUCUCUCUAGUGCCAAAUGAAUGCCUUAGCUACCCAUAGUGCAUGGACUGUAAGUGAAGACCUGUGUCUUUUUUCUUUAAUGAAAAGCAUUAUAAUGAUGUAGCAACAUCAGCUAUAAACAAACAAAAGAAAAACUUGUAAAGUUUCAGUUAACAUUUUAUGUAUGGUUAUUGCUUUGUAAAGUGUAAGAAGAAGGUUGCAGUUGGAUCAAUAUAAAAUGUAAUGACCAAACCAAAAUCAGCACCUAGGGCCUUAAAUAGAGAUACCCCACGAAGUGGAAUACUUUGAAGGAUGGGAGGGGACGGCUGGGGGGACUUUGAAACCCUUCCCCCCCCAGAAUGCAGGAUACUUACACUGCUGCUGUAGUUACGCUUCACGUGUGUUCUUGCUUCAGUCAGUAAUGUUUUGAUGGUAAAUUCUGUCAUGGUAAUAUGCUUCUGUUUUCCUAAUCUGAGGUUUG